UUUAUUAACCUUCUAGAGUAUAAAACUUUUGAAUUAUUCUCAUAAGUUUCAUAAAGAAUCUGUAAUUUAUCUGAGAUGCAGCGAUUACAAUAUAUUCCUACAGCUAUUGCAAUAUCUUUGCUUAUUGCUAAUGCAUAUUCUACUGAUACUAAUGCGAUAACAAAUAUCGUGGGUGGACAUAAUAUUCAGAUCGACGUUGUUCCACAUCAAGUUGCAAUAGUAUUGCGUGAAAAGCUUUUGUGUGGUGGCAGUAUAUUGACAAAAAAAUAUGUUCUCAGUGCUGCACACUGUGUAUUGGAGACGCUGGACAUCUCUUUAAUUAUUCAUGCGGGUACUUCCUUUUGGGCCAAACCUGGAAGUAUUCAUCAUGUUGAAUCCAGUACCACUUAUGGCGCUUCAGAAAACGUUGACGUAGCCGUUUUACGUGUUACUGAGCCUUUUGUUUUUGAUAAGAAACGCCAACCAAUCAGGUAG